AGAGAGAGAGAGAGAGAGAGAGAGAGAGAGAGAGAGUCCAAUGCUUGUGCCACAAAUAAAGGAUAUUUCAUGAAAGAUUACUGACUCCAGUGGACCAUGUGAACCAGGACCGAGGCCUUUAAAGGGCGGUCCGCAGCGCUGCUACGCUUUAUACUCACUUUACGUGGUUAUUUACGUUUAUAUUUUCAAUCGCCAUACUCCUCUCUUGUUUGGCCCUCCGCGGAUGCCGUACUGCGCAUGCGCCGUCGGCCGUUCUCCUGACCCACUAUGGCGGCCUCCAUGGCCCUGUGCAGGUUACAUAUGAGGGGGAAAUUCGUCUUGGAGAGGAGUUUACAGCGAGCCGACGCGUUUCUCCAGAGAAGCCUGGUGACCGAGGCCGUCUCCGCUGAAGACGAAGCCGCUCGGAAGCUCGACCCCGGUGUGAACGGCCGUAAAUCGCUGCGCAGCCUGCAGCAGGAGAGGCGAGAGCAGGCGGAGAGGUCCGUCCUCGUCAGCUGUGGCUCCACCACCGAGAGGAAGUUCCUCAAGUUCCUGUCCAGACACGGAGACGUCAGCAAGUGCUUCUUCUACGAGAGCUAUGGUGUGUACGCCGUGGUGGAGUUCUCCGGCCGGGACGGCGUGGCGUCCCUGCUGGAGGCCGCCUCCAUCCCCAGUGCGAGCCACGAGGCCACGCUGCCUUUCAAGUCCAGGCUGCUGUCCUUCAGGACCCUGGGCGCCGGGGGCCCGGCGGCGCCGGCCGGCCUGAAGCUCCAGCCCCAGACCGCCGUCCCCAUCAAUGAGCUCAUCCAGAGACUGUCCCGGCAGGACAGCAUCGACCAGCAGGUCUCCUCCCUGGUCGAGGCCUAUCAGCUGACUGAGGAGAACAUCAGACUGCGUUUCCUCGUCUGCUCGCUGCUGAAGGACGUGGCCGCCGCCUACUUCCCCGAGUGCAGCGUCAAGCCGUUCGGCUCGUCGGUGAACGGCUUCGGGAAGCUGGGCUGCGACCUGGACAUGUUCCUGGACCUGGACGGCCUCAGCGGGCUGGACGUGAAGCCGCCUAAAUCCGGGCCCAGCCUGGAGUUCCAGAUGAAGCGGGCCAGCUCGGAGCGGGCCGUGACGCAGAGCGUGCUGUCGGUGGUGGGGGAGUGUGUGGACCAGUUCGCGCCGGGGUGUGUGGGCGUGCAGAAGAUCCUGAACGCCCGCUGCCCCCUGGUCCGCUUCGCCCACCAGCCGUCCGGCUUCCAGUGCGACCUGACGGCCAACAACAGGGUGGCGAUGAAGAGCACCGAGCUGCUGUACCUGUUCGGGGAGCUGGACCCCCGGGUGCGCGCCCUGGUCUUCACCGUGCGCUGCUGGGCUCGCGCUCACGGCGUCACCAGCAGCAUCCCCGGAGCCUGGAUCUCCAACUUCUCCCUCACCGUCAUGGUGCUGUUCUUCCUGCAGAGGAGGAGCCCCGCCCUGCUGCCCACGCUGGACCGCCUGCGGGAGCUGGCAGGCCCGGCGGACAGGAGCGUCCUGGACGGGAGCGACUGCUCCUUCACCAGCGACUUCGGGAGGAUCGGUCCCGGGACCAACACGGAGACGGCGGAGCAGCUCCUGGUCGCCUUCUUUGACUUCUACAGCAGCUUCCCCUUCAGCAGGGCGUCCAUCAGCAUCAGGAAGGGCCGGGAGCAGAGCAAGCCCGAGGUGGCGCCGCUGCACAUCCAGAACCCCUUCGAGACCUCCCUGAACGUCAGCAAGAACGUCAACGCCAGCCAGCUGGACCGCUUCGUGGCUCUGUGCCAGGAGAGCUCCUGGCUGCUCCAGCAGAGGGAGACCGUCACGCCCGGCGGCGGGAACGCUCCGGCGCCGUGGGGCCUCGCCGCCCUCCUGCAGCCCUCACAGGUAGCGGGGAUCAAAACCCGCAAGAGGAGGAGGACGGAGCCGGCGAGCCAGAGGAUCAAGAGCUUACUGGAGUCUUUAAAGAACCAGAAUCACCAGAAGAAGAGCUAGAGACUGGACCGGCUCUAACCUGUGCAGCGUGUCUGCACGCCUCAGAGGACGGGCUGCAGUGCCAGACACCCCCACCGGGUGGUGCCAGAGAGGAUGGGACCUGAAGGCAGGAGCUCCUCUGGUUCUGGUAGCAGCUCUCACUGGAGCAACGGUCCACACAUGUUUCAGAGUCGGAGGAUUUUCACUGCGAUCCGGACUGGAGUCAUGUAAUCCAGUUAAAACUCGUUAAACUGAGAGGAGAGGUUAUGAUGAAUGAACGAAAAAGGUUAAACACAAAGUGUUUUUUACACAUAAUCACACAGCUAAAUGCGGUUCUGCAGUGGUGGAACAUGAUUCUGCUUCAGUGACGCCGGGCAGCAGCAGAAGAACGGGGGAGUCUGGCUGGAGGGUUCCAGCCCGCCGAGCAGACGUGUUGUGAUUUUAUCAGAAGGUUCCGUACGAUCCACAAUGCUUCACAUGAAGUUCAUCUCUGUGUGAAACAAGAUAUUUACAUUGUCUGAUGAAAGUCCUUCAAAUUAAACAGAACCGAUUAUUUGGUGUUGUGGG